CACUCCAUAGCCAUAUGCAAGAUCACAAAGAGCAGAGCGAGAAAGUGCAAAAAUGUCUUGUGCUACCACUUCGACAUGGAAUAAGUCAUCUCUGAGAUCAGCCCUCCCUUCAAUUCACCCUUCUUCUUCAGUUUAUUUCUCAAUUGGGUCCUAGUCUUCUCGUUUCAAGCUUUCCAGGCCAAAACCCAGCUCAAGACUUCUUAACUCUUUUGUGGGUCUCGCCCCCAUUUAUCCCCUUCUCUCGCUCUCAUUACAAGAUUCAACCAGUUUUGAGCAUUGUUUUAGUGUGAUUGACAAUGGAGGACGAUUCUUUCCCAUGAGCCAUGGGAAGAGGGUGCCAAAACUUAAUAGGCCCCCUGACUAGCGUCAAGCUCUUCUGCGUGGUCUGUCAACUCAACUCCUGAAGCAUGGCCGCCUAAAGACCAUAAGAGCAACGGCCAGUGCAAUGAGAAAGUAUGUAGACAAAAUGGUCACUCUGGCAAAGGAUGGUUCUCUAUGUAAAAGAAGGCAAGCUCUCGGCUUUAUCUAUGAAAAGGAGAUUGUGCAUGCAUUGUUUGCAGAGGUCAAAGAGAGAUAUGGGGACAAAAAUGGAGGAUAUACAAGGAUAAUUAGAACUCUACCAAGGCGAGGAGACAAUGCACCAAUGGCUUACAUUGAGCUUGUGUAACUUUAAUUGAUUCAUUUGAGUAAGUCUGUUCAAUAUCUUAAAGAAAUUCGUAGGAGAACCUUUUACUCUAUACAUUUACAUGAACAUGCCUUUUGAUUGCUCAUGACUAUUCCAUUUUGAGGAAAUCAGUUGAACAGCAGCUCUAAAUUCUAGUCAA